CGUCAUUCCAGUUUGAACGUGGAAGUUGGAACAAACGGGAUAAACAACGACAUAUGUAGAGGAAAGGAGGGGAGGAGACAAGUGGAGGAAAGGAGAGAACAGCAGACGAUUGGGACAGCUUAUCUUAUUCUCUGGUAGCCUGCCAGACUCAACGCUGAGCUCCAAUUAAAUUUCCAAGGAGCAAGCGGUUUUCCCCCCUGACUGCCAAGCGACCCCCAUCCCCCCACCUCUGAUGCAGAGAUGAACUGGUCAGCAUUGGAAGUUCUCAUUAGUGGAGUCAACAAGUACUCCACUGUGUUUGGCCGCGUAUGGCUCUCCAUGGUGUUCGUGUUCCGCGUGCUGGUGUUCGUGGUGGCGGCGCAGCGGGUGUGGGGUGACGAGAACAAGGACUUUGUUUGCAACACGGCGCAGCCGGGCUGCACCAACGUCUGCUACGACAGCGUCUUCCCCAUCUCCCACAUCCGUCUGUGGGCCCUGCAGCUCAUCUUCGUCACCUGCCCCUCCCUCAUGGUGGUGGCGCACGUCAAAUACAGAGAGGAGAAAGACAAGAAGUACGCUACCCUUCACAAAGGCUCCCACCUGUACGCCAACCCGGGGAAGAAGCGCGGUGGCCUGUGGUGGACCUACCUGGCCAGCUUGGUCUUCAAAGCGGGCUUUGAUGCCGCCUUCCUCUACAUCCUCUACUACAUCUAUGAGGGUUAUGACAUGCCCCGCCUCUCUAAGUGUGCCCUGGAGCCCUGCCCCAACAUAGUGGACUGCUACAUCUCCCGCCCCACAGAGAAGAAGAUAUUCACCAUCUUCAUGGUGGUAUCAUCGGCCGCCUGCAUCUUCAUGUGCAUCUGUGAGAUGAUAUACCUGGUGGGCAAGCGCUUCAUGAAGCUCAUUAGGGCCCGGAAGGAAAGCGAACGGGCGCUUUUUGCCGAGCGGCACAAUCUCACAGUCAUGGCUCCACUCAACUCAGAGUAUGCCAAGCAGGAUCCCACAGCCGCUCCCUCCAACCAGAACAACAGCAACAUUAAGGCCGAGGAGGCAUCCACCAGCAAGAUAAUGUAACAGAGCAGCACGCAUUGCAUGUGCUUGCAACUGUUUCAGACACUACACUGUGCUGGUGUGGAAAAAAGACACCUCACAAUACCUGUGCAAUACUCCCAGACAGACAAUGAGACGAACUAGGACUUGCUGAGAUCCAAAAAGCUUUUUUAUUUUUUUUACCGUGUAUGGAUUUUCUGUUGCGUAUGUUUUCACAGACUCACAGUGGUGGACUAUUCCUGUGCUUAUACUUUUUGCAUUAAUUUAUAAAACUGGGAUAACUUGGACAAUGGAAAGUGCGUACUACCAAAGUAUAUUGCCCAUCCAGAAUACAUUGGCACACGAUUGUUUAAAUCAGUUAGCCAUCUACCAGAAUGUUUUCACCAGUCAGACCUCUGGGAUAUUUCAGCAAUAUCAUAACUUUUUGAAGGAGGUACAUGGGACGUUCUCAUUUUCUUUUCCAGUUUUCACAAAUGGGUGAAAGGUGUAUGCUGUCCCCUAGUGUUUGAACAAAAGAAAACACCACAAGCGAUAUGAAGGAAGACUGCUAUAAAUCUCUGAAAUAAUUAUGACGUGAAAUUGAUUAAUUAAAAGGUUGUUUUGCACUCUACCCAAAAGCGCAUAUGCACUGUUAAAUGAGUGAUAUUACUAUAGUAAACAAAUAAAAACAAUAAACUUUUUUAAAUUA